AUGGCGAGAUUGACAUCCAGGAGUUUACCCAAUUGUUGGCUUCCAAGUAGGAGUUCUCUUCACGUCUGUAGAUUAUAUAUAUUGCUGUUUAUUUCAUUAAUAGGUCCCUCGAGUGUAUCUAUCGGAAAGUGA